UACUUAACAUUUUGGUAACUGUUCGAUAUUUUUUGCUAAUAGUUAAGGUACUUUACCCUAUUUUGCAAAAAUUGAAAAUGUACGAUGGGGAAGACGUUUUCUGUUCCGUUUGGAUGGGAAUUUGGUCCAAUUACCUGUUAGGAGGAAUUGCUUGCGGUCUUUCAGCUGCAGGAUUGUUUGUAUUCGCGGCAAAAAAAGAGUAUCAGCAACUUUCUGACGAAUUAUCACAAACACAACGAAGCGAUUUAAAUUUGCAAAACAAAUUAAAAGAAUUCCUGAUGCGUCACGAAGAAAUAUGGAACUUUGUUUCGCAGUUGAACAAUAAACAAAAUUUUGCAUUUGUUGGGGUUUAUGUAGGUAUGAUUUUUGAAGCCAGUUUUUGCUAUUACAUGCAUUUAUUCAUUGAAAUGGCAGAAUCUAUCAGAUUUGUUGUGCUUGGAGCUGCGGUAAUUCUUACCUAUCUUGGUAUUGUAUAUGGUUUUGUUGUGAGCUCUUUCGCCUUUACGAUGCAGAAUGAAUUUCAAGAUAUUCGUGGCUGUAUUCAAAAUAAUAUGAAUUUCGAAGAUAAAGUGAAGGUAACCGAUUAAAUUAACUAAUUUAUUCUGAAAUUUUUCUAUGAUUCACAUCUAUGCAAUCCUCUGC